AUGCUCGGUUCAACCUUGCCCUUGGCCCUGUUGGGCUUGUUGCAAGUCAGCAAUGUCCUUGCCCAGGAUAUUCCUACCUGCUCGUUGACGCAGAAGUGCCCGGAGACUGCUCCUUGCUGUUCUCAAUAUGGACAGUGCGGUGCUGGUGCGUUCUGUCUGGGUGGCUGCGAUCCCCGAAUGUCCUUCUCCCUGGACUCGUGCGCGCCCGCUCCUGUCUGCCAGUCCAAGACGUACAAGAUGAAUUCGAUGGACCGCAUCGCCGAGAUGUCCGAGUACCUCGGCGACUCAUCCAAGGCUGAUUGGGUCUACCAGGGCAAGGCCAUUGCCCACAACAACAAUAUCCUCCUCACCAUGGCCCCCAAACUGCCGGCCAAGAUCAAGACGUCGCGCGGCCGCGGUGUUGUGACGGCUUUCAUCUUGUACGGAGAUGUCAAGGACGAAAUCGACUACGAAUGGGUCGGUGUCGAUUUGGAGACCUCGCAGACCAACUACUACUUCCAGGGUGUCCCCAAGUACGACCAGAGCAAGAACCUCACCAUGUCGGACAGCUUCGCCAACUGGCACGAGUACGAGAUUCGAUGGACGCCUGACCAGAUCGAGUGGGUUAUCGACGGCGAGGUUGGACGCCUGUCCAUCUGGCCCGGUGGUGCCGAAACCAACGCCCAGGGUACCAUUGACUGGGCGGGUGGUGUAAUUGACUGGAACGGCGAGGACAUCAAGCGCAACGGCUACUACUAUGCGACUUUUGGCGAGAUCACGGUCGAGUGCUACAACGCCGACUCGCCUCCCGGCACCAACAAGCGCAAGAGCUACAUUUACAACGACAUGCGUUCCACCAACGACACGGUCGAGGACACGGAUCGCAGCACCAUUCUCGCCUCCUUCGCGGCGACGGGUCUGGACAUGGACAAGGGCGCGGACAAGGGAGACAACAACGUCUCCCAGGUUCCCGGCGGUUCCAACCCCGGCGGCAGUGGCUCCGGCUCGCACUCGGGUGACUCUGGCUCCGGGUCGGGAGGUUGCUCUGGCGGAGACACCUUUUCGCAGACGUGCGGCGGUAGCAGCUCGGACCCGAGCGAUGGUGCUGCGGGUAGGAAGGGAGCGGCGAGCGCGCUUGCGGUGAUUGUCGCCCUCGGUGCGCUCUUGUUGCUAUAA